ACUUCCGCCAGGACGUGCGCACUGAAUCCGGGUCAGCUGCCGCCGCCGGGACUGCAGCUGCGACCGGCCAGGAAGCUCUGGGCCCCGUCUCCACCGCCGACCAAGGGCAGCGGGCUCUGCCCGCCGCCGCUUUCUGCGACCUGGCCGUCAGCCCCACGUCGCCGGCCUGGAGGGGCAAAGAGGACGAGGGGGCCGCGGCUUCCUCCGGGGACCUCGGCUGCCUGGAUUGCCAGGAGCUGGAAGUUGACAUUGAAUCCAGGCUGAGGAUGGAAGGUGUGGAGCUCAAAGAAGAAUGGCAGGAUGAAGAUUUUCCAAUACCUUUACCAGAAGAUGACAGUAUUGAAGCAGAUAUACUAGAUGUAACUGGUCCAGACAGCCAACCUGGCUCAUUAGAAGUUAAUGGAAAUAAAGUGCGUAAGAAACUAAUGGCUCCAGACAUCAGCCUGACCCUGGAUCCUAGUGAAGGCUCUGUGUGGUCGGAUGAUUUGGAUGAAGGUGGGGAGGUUGACCUGGAAGGCUUAGACACCCCAUCAGAGAACAGUGAUGAAUUUGAGUGGGAAGAUGAUCUUCCCAAACCCAAAACUACUGAAGUCAUUAGGAAAGGAUCAGUUACUGAAUACACAGCCACAGAAGAAAAAGAGGAUGGACGCCGCUGGCGCAUGUUCAGGAUUGGAGAACAGGACCACAGGGUGGAUAUGAAGGCAAUCGAACCCUACAAAAAAGUUAUUAGCCAUGGAGGCUAUUAUGGGGAUGGUUUAAAUGCCAUUGUUGUAUUUGCUGUCUGUUUUAUGCCUGAAAGUGGUCAGCCUAACUAUAGAUAUCUGAUGGACAAUCUCUUUAAAUAUGUUAUUGGCACUUUAGAGCUGUUGGUAGCAGAGAACUACAUGAUCAUUUACUUAAACGGUGCGACAACUCGAAGGAAAAUGCCCAGUCUGGGAUGGCUGAGGAGAUGCUACCAGCAGAUUGAUAGACGAUUACGGAAAAACCUAAAGUCUCUAAUAAUUGUCCACCCCUCUUGGUUUAUCCGAACACUUCUAGCUGUUACAAGACCAUUCAUCAGUUCAAAAUUCAGUCAGAAGAUUAGAUACGUCUUUAAUUUGGCAGAACUGGCGGAGCUGGUUCCCAUGGAGUAUGUUGGCAUACCAGAGUGCAUCAAACAGUAUGAAGAAGAAAAGUUUAAAAAGAGACAAAAAAGAGUUGAUCAAGAGCUUAAUGGAAAACAAGAACCACCAAACAGUGAGCAGUAGGUUCGGCAUCCUGUCCAGAAGAGACAAAGAGCGCCAGAGAAGUGGGGCUGUUGUGUGUCACAGUACAUUCAUGGCUCGAGUUUUUGUGUAAUCUGUUACAAAAUUUACUUGACUCCUUUCCAAAUGGACUCUUGUACAAGGGACUGUUCAUCGCUGUAAUGGUUUGCAAUUCUUGAAUUUAGCUCUUUAAUGACUAAUUAUAUGAUAAUCAUUUUAUAUUGCUAAAUAGCAGAGAACUACACUUUAUAUAAAGCAAUUUUUGCAUUUGUUUAUUUGAAUGAUGCAUCUUCAGUAAAAUAUUUAUAUACAUAAGUGACAAAGGAAAGAAAUAAUAUAUAUUUUUAUGUUGGGGGCAAUAUUUUUUAGUGUGUACUUAUCUCAUGGAAGAAUAUACACACAAUUUUAAAUGUAAAGUGCAUGUAAGACUUGUUUUUGUAAAUGGUUGGAUACAUUUCCUGGGUAGCUUAGGCUGAGUUGUCCUAAAGCAGGGGCAGUUAAACUGACUCGGAGUACCCAGGGUCAUGCACAUGAAAUAGUCCGUAGUAGCAGCCCGAGCUUCUCCUCACAUGAAAGCACAUUGCUGCAUGAAGCAUGGUGGCAGUGCAGGCAGUCAGUGAACGGCUCGCUUUCCUCUCUAAAGAUGUCUUAGAACCAGACCCAGAGACUUUGAGAAGCUAGUGGUUAGGCUUUGUAUAUAUGUAUAUAAGGGCAUUUUAUUUUACCCAAAGUCAGAGCUGUUUAAAAAAGGAAGAAAGGAAGGAAGGGAACUCUUAAGAUGUGUUCACUGAUGUGAAAUGAGCUGUGUCGUGUGUGUGUGUGAAGCUUUGAGGUGUUGCAGGUGCUGUGGUGAGUGGUCAUGGUCUGCUGCAUCUGUAGAGCAGAUGGGCUGCCGCUGAAAUGACCUCACAGGGCACUUUACUAGAGUAUUCCGUCAUCAGCUGUGACCACAGUGCUAUUUGACCUAUGCAGAUAGGUGUUCAUGUAGCUAUUGGAUGAUGUAACAGUGCUGUACAUGGGAUGUCUCUGUAAGUAUGGGAUUACUGCUGGUGUGUGCUCAGGAUGACAUUUAUUGCACGUAAGCUCUUACUUCAUGUCGUUAAGUACCUAAUUGAACACUGAAAUAAAUUGUAUUUGUGCCUCCAAGCAGGAUUUAAUUACCUACGAAAUUGUUCCAAAACAACAACUUCGUUUAGUCUUGUAUCUUGAACUUGCCUGGCAUAUACAUAUUUAGUUGAUGUAUCAGCUUCAAAACACCCAGCCCUUCUUAUAAGCUAUUUAUAAGAGUGACCUAGCAAAGCAAAAUUGAAUCAGGUAUGAACUUAACUUAGAAGAUUAUUCCCUCCCAUCCUGAACACAUGACCUUCAUCACUAUUGUCAUUUUUUAGUGUUAAGCUUUUAUUACAAAAGGGAAUGUUUCUCUACUUCUUUGUCCUUCUCCGGCAUAAAUUUGACCUGCUGAGUAAAGCCAGUUGAUGCCAAGCUGGAAGACUCUGGGUAAAACAUUCAUCCACAUCCUCUCAGCUUGGAUCUAGCACUCCAAGCAGAUCCUGAAGUAGUGUCAUUGGAGUAAAUGGAGUAAAAACCAUUUUAUUUGUGUUGGUGAAGGAACUUUAAGAAUAACUGUAUAGAUCCAAGUGUGGUGGCAUCCAUCUUUAAUCCCAGCACUAAGAGGCAGAGGCAGGCAGAGUUCUGUGAGUUUAAGACCACCCUGGGCUAUAUAACUCCAUAGACAUCCUUCUGAACUUACCCUUGGGUAGCUUGUCUCUCAUUUCAGAAUGGGCUGAGCAUUGUCAUUGGUUUUCUUCCACAUUAGGCACUUGGAUUUUCAGUUUCAAAAUACAGACAAUAGCUUCGGCUUUUUAUUGUGUUUACUUUUUUCAGAAGUGUGUUUUGGGGGGGGGUGUUUUGUUUUUGAGUUUAUAAUGGUUUUUCUUUCUUUUUUUUUUUUUUUUCUUUUGUAAAUUUUUAAAAAGUAGAAGUAACCUAUAUUCAGUUAAAACAUUAAAGAGGGACUGGAGAGCUGGCUCAUUGAUUGCAAGAGCACUUCCAGGUUUAGUUCCCAGCACCCAUAGCUGUCAGUACAUGCCCACCUAUAACUCCAGCUCCAGGGGAUUCAAUGCACUCUUUGGCCUCUUGGCACCUCUCUGUCUCUCUCUCUCUCUCUGUCUCUGUCUCUCUCUCUCUCUCUCUCACCCACACACACACACACACCCCUAAACCUUUUCUUAAAAAAUGAAUAAAAUUCAGAAGGGACAGCCAAGGAUCAUGGCGUAUAUCUUGAAUCCCAGCACUAGGGAGUCUGAAAUGGGAGAUUUUAAGUUUGAGGCUCAUGUAGGCUACAUAGCAAGCCCUUGACUCAAGGAUAAAAAGGGAACAGUGCUUUAACACUUGAAUUAUGGGGGGAAACUGCUUUAACCUGCACUUGAAUGGCAUGUGGUAUAGGGAUGCACCCACAAUGUAAACAUGCCUGUGAGACUGGAUUGAUAACUGGUAGGCUAGAGGAAAAGCUGUAUUAAGUUGAUUUUUAAUUGGUAACAAUAUAACAUCUUCCAUAUUUUUUAAUUCCCAUUAGUAAUUGAGGUGAAAUUGCUUAGAAUAAUUCUUUGACUUUUUGCUGGGGUCUUGAAUAACCUUGACAGGUUUAAUUUAUGGUGUUUCUAUUACCAUCUUUGUUACAUUUCAGCUCUGAUUGCCCCUUUUUUAUCAAAAGUGUUUCUCAGAAAAUAAUGUAAUUCUGUGUUCUGCUUGAUUGUGUUCCUAAAAAAAGCACCAAGGGAAGCUGUGGUGUCUCUGCCCCACACUGAAGCCAAGGAGGCCAGAGAUGCCAGGAAGUGUGGUGCUAAGCAGAGUUAGAAGAUGAGAAAAGGCCAUUAUAAAUAAAGACUUGGUUGUUACCCACAUGCCACCAAAAGUGUCCCUCUUAAGGCAAGUCUCUGUAUGUCAGUGGGUGGUCCCAUUUCCUUUAUCCACAAGGAAAAAGUAGAUGUCACAGAAGAUGGGGAUUGCCAAUGGCCCUUGUGAUGACAAUCUUGUUCCCCUAUCCUUUCAUCUUCAGAUGGAAAUGGGUCUGAACAGGGCUGUAGUUGCUCAUGUCCAAUUGACUGCCUUCUGUAGUUGGCUUCUGUGCCAAGUGUCACAAUUUGGUUUCACCAGCUCCUUGACAGUAUUCUUUCCACAUCGCUGCAGCCAUUUAUAUACGUGCUCAGGGAAUGUGAAGAGGCAGUCUCAUGUAGAAGUGUUUAUUCUUUGCAGUGAACAAUUCAGUUGGGGAUUAGCACUAGAAUACUUGUAGUAGAGCAUGCCAGUUUCUUGAUAGAAUUGGUUAGAUCUGUAUGAAAGGUGACAGUAGCUUUGGCCUUCUUUUUCCUGUGCUGUAAGUAGAAAAUUGUUGCCAGGUGAUGGUGGUGCACACCUUUAAUCUCAGCACUCCAGGAGACAGAUGCAGGCACUUCUCUGAGUUCAAAGCCAGCCAGGUCCUCAGAGCAAGUUCCGGGACAGGCUAUACAGAAAAACCCUGUCUCAAAAAAAAAAAAAAAAAAAAAAAAAAAAAACAAAGGUGGGUGGGGGGUAGAAAAUGAACAGUGUUAGAUAUGCAGAGACAGUUGAUGACAGAGGUGCCACCCCAUUCUGCUUUGGUUUUGUCAUGUGUGGAUCCCUCCACUCCUCCUGUCCCUAUUGUAUUUAGAUAUUUCAGAAAUGGAUCUAUCAAGUCUCAGGGCUGGAAUAAGAGAAGUCAGUAGACUGCAGGCUAACAUUGUGCUAGUGAGAGAGGGAAUGGGAAUUGUGUAGUGGGAGUUGCUGAGACCAUCAAGAACUGGGGCGGCAGCAGGGCGUUGUCUGCCCAGUGUUCUAAACUAGUCCAGGACCACUUGUCCUGGGAACCCUUUCUGCAACCCUGAAUGAAUUCAGUCAGGUCAGAAGGCCAAGUCAUGGAGCUUCAAAGUCCUAAAUGGAAACAAAACCAAACAGUGUGUGGAGCAGUAAGGGCUGGCUACAGUCUGAACGGGAUAUUUUAUUGCAGUUAUAUAUAAUAUAUAAUGCUGUAGAGCCAAAUUUUAACUGCUGUGGGAAUUCACCUGUGUCUUGAAAUCAAGUACUAGAUAAAAACCACAAGUUUUCAGGCCAAGCAUGAUGGCAUGUGCUUGUGUUUCCAGCACUCUGGAGGCUGAGGCAGGAGGACUGUGAGUUUUGGGGAUAGCCUGGGUAGGUGUACACAGUGAGAUGAGCCCUGAGGGUAUGGGAUGGGGUGGAGCAACACUUUGUGAAUUCAAAUUAGUAAAGAAAUGAUAUUAAGCUAUUUGCUUCAGAUAGCUAGCUGUCUAAAAGACUUCCUACAAUAGUUGAAAACUUUGGAAUUUGAAUUUUUGUGUAUUUGUAUAUUCAGUUUGACAAGAACUUGAUUAACUGUCAGCUACUCCAUUGUACUUUUGUAUACAGACUUUGAAAAGGCUAAUGCCCUCCUAAGAGUUACUUCAUUGUUUACUUACAGAAAGCUAACUAGUAGAUACUGAUGUUCUGGGUUGCUGGCUUGCACAGCCUUGGGGUGCUGUUCACAAAAACCACAAUUCAGAGUUCAUCAGAUACUAUUGCACUUUGAGUCCUACUUCAAAGAUAUUUUCAUUACAAGCUCACAUGCUGUCAUUUUAGACAAAAUUAACUUGCUAUGAGCUUUUUUUUUUUUUUUUUUUUUUUUUUUUUUUUUUCUGCCGCCUUGGAUUGUAUUUACUAGCCUAGCUCUUCAUUUCAGUGAGAAUUCAGUCUGAUUGUCUGCAGGCUACAGCUUGUGGUUCUUGUCAGUGAGCAGCCCCUGAUCAGCAAAUUCGCUGUUUUCUCUUCUUUGGACUUGUUAUGAAUAGUGUGUCCUAAUUUGUUCCACGGAUUACUACAAUGUUAAUGCAUUUUAAUAAAUUAGUUGGAAUAUA